ACUUUUACCAUUGUCCGACAUUUUUGUCGAGUUUAUUUGCAUUCAGUGGAUUUAAUCCCCCAGGAAGUGUCUUUUUAGUCUAAGAGUGAGGAAUUUCACCCCGAGGGGCUUGAUGGUAGUGAGGACGAGACAAUUGCUCGAGGGAUCGGCAUAUCACAAGGACCUGGAGUAUAUUUUCGUCGUGUCGAGGUACUCCAGGGGUCAGGCCAAUUUUUGGCCUUUUUUUCCGAUUUCCAGACAUCGAUACGUCCCUGGGCGCAUUUCUAGCUGUCAAUUAUUGGCAUCGUUGGGUUUAAUUGGGGGAUUGUCGGUUUUUUUUAGUGAUAUUGUGGGGAUUUUCUCAGGGCUUUGAGUGUUUGAGGAAAUUUUUGAGGGAUUGGGGAGUUUUUUUUGAAGUCUCUGAGGAUUUCUGGAAACCAUGGCUGAAACCCAGAAGAUGAGAAUUUAUGGGAGACAUCCUCCCUGUGCCAGCCUCAGCAGGCUUGAGGAGAGGAGGGCUAGAAGAUUGGCACUGCGCCUAGAGAGAAAUAGAAAGCCAGACAAGCCAGAGGAUUUUGUCUGUUACGAAUCGAGUGAUGAUGAGGAAGAAACUGUAAUGGAGGGAAGACAGUACCUCCGGACUUCCUUCAAUUUCGUCGACUACGUACGUGCAAGGGAAACCAACACGAGAGAAGUUAGAAAAAUAAAUCAAGAAUAUGGAUCCAGACACAUCCUCACCCACGAUCUAUUCAAAGAGUACUCUGUCAGUCUCAAUAAUAUGAAUAAAGUAUUUUGCUCGCAAUGGCUGAGUGAUCGUCAGGUCGUCUUCGGAACAAAGUGUAAUAAACUCAUGGUGUAUGACGUUGCGACCCAGAAGUUAGAUCAGAUACCCUCGUUGCAUGGAAGACAGGGUAAUUCCAAUGGGGGACCUGUCGCUGAGACACAGGCUGGCAUUCAUUCUGUUCAAAUCAAUCCCUCUAGAACAUUAUUGAGCACUGGUGCACGUCACAGCAACGAAAUAGCGAUUUAUCGAUUACCAACGUUGGAUCCAGUGUGUGUUGGAGAGACGGGACACCGAGACUGGGUAUUUGACAUGUGUUGGUUAGACGAUGAAUUUCUUGUCUCGGGUUCAAGGGAUACGAGAAUGGCACUCUGGCAUAUUAAUAGUAAUCUUGCUGAAGCACCUGAUAAAGCAGAUGUACCUACCCACAGAUUGAUCUCACCAGUGAGCGUUAAGGAAUGCAAAUCAGCUCAGAAAGUACGGGCACUGGCAUUCAAUAAAGCUUACAACGAGAUAGCAGCUUUAUCCUUGAACAGUUUUAUUCACAUCUGGUCUGCGGAGACGUUUAAACAGAAAAUAUCACGAAAAUUGCCAGCCUGUCAGGAGAACGUCUGUCUCGCUGUGCAAGAUGAUGGAGUUUAUGCUGUGGGGUGUCGUUCAUAUACACUUCUCUUAGACGCCAGGACGCUACAGCCUGUCAAGAAAAUCCCCUCUAGGUACAGUGGAUGCGGGAUAAGAUCAGCAAGUUUUCAAGGCUCAGUGCUGACAAUAGGUACAGGUUUAGGAAUGCUAAUGUUCUAUGACAUAAGAGCACAGAAGUAUCUCGAGUCGUCGAUAAACUCGAAUCGUACAGUUGUUCUCAAAGCAUCCAAGGGAUACGUGUUUCCUGAUGAGGAGUACAUCGAUGGCUUCCAGAACGUCAAAUACACUCCAGCAAUCUACACCCAUUGUUACGAUCAAUCUGGGACACGACUGUUCACAGCUGGAGGUCCUCUACCAGCGAAUCUGUACGGAAAUUACGCUGGCCUCUGGCAGUAAGCCAUUCUGUUGGAUCACAUCCGCAUCGAACUCGACUUAUUGCUGAAGUAUGAAGUAGGAAUAGAAUCGUGAGAAGAAAAGGCAGCAGGAAAAAUCUAACUUCAAAUGUAUGGAGAACUGGGAUGGAGAUCUUAACAUAAGAAUAAGUAAAUUCACAUGAAAACAUUCUUCACUCAUUAAAUCGCCUUCUUCAUUUACAAAUCGAAACCAUUUUCGUUAAUUCGUAAUCGAUUUUGGAUUAAUGCAACAUCCAAGAUAAUCGUCAUUUUACUUUUGAAAGCAUAAGAUGAUGAGGGAUGAUGAGCAUCACCGAAUUAAAGUGAUAAUUGAUUUAAGAAAACAUAAGACUUAUUUCGAAAAUUGAUUUUUCUCGUUGAAAAAAUCCAUUUUGGUGAUGAAGAUUAGAACAAAAGAUGAAGUCGAGUGAUAAAAUGGUCGAGUUUCGGUUGAUAUCUAAAUGGAUAUUAAUUAGCCUAGAUAAAUCAAUUGUAGUUCAAUUAUCAAAUUAUAGGAAUGAAAUUAUCGCAUUAAUGGAGAUUUUUUUAAUUUCAUGGAAAAUAUGACAGUAAUUUUCAUGCGAGUGGUAUUGAAUCGGAAUUACCGAAAAAAAUCAGUACGAAAAUUUCAUAAAUCGAUUGAAUUUUCGUUGGACCAUGAAUAUUAAAUUUAGUGUAACGUGAAUUUUCGAUUUUCCCUAAAUUUCCCUGAUUGUUUGCAAUAAUCAUGGCAUAAUUAAAUUAAAAAUCAAUUUUUGAAUUGAUGGUCAGUGGAAACGAAGAAAAAUUAAUAACGAUUUUUUUUUCAAAUAGAUAUAAUCGGUUGAAUUAUUUGAAUGAGUUACUAGCUCGACCUAAAUCUAGACAUAAGUUUCAAAUAUUCAUUAGCCCUUAUCAGUAAUUAUUAGGUAAAGAAGUUGCGUUAAUCUGUAAUCCUGAAGUGCUUGAAUGGCUUUCGUAUUUAUUGAUGAUACAUUGUCCAUUUUAAGAGACAAUAUCAUCAUUUUUAUGAGUAAUCGUAUUAAUUGUAAUAGCGUUGAGUGGAAUAAAAGGGGAAGAAGACAGAUUUAAGAAAAAUCUUGGGACUGCAUAAUUAACAUAAUAAUUAUCAUCCGUUAUUUUUUCCAUAAUGAAAUGGUUACAGAAAAAAACCAAUGGAAAUUCGUACGAUUUUUGAAGUAUAACUCGAUGAAAUUCCCACAAAAAAUCUUCAAGGAUAAACUUCAAAUAAUUUUAAACGAAAGAUAUUUUUAUCGUUCUUUCCAUUUUGAUUCCACUCGACAACUCAUAACGAUCUGUCAUAGGAACAGGUGAAUAAGAUGAUAAAUGAAUAUUCAUAAAGGCGCUGCCACCAAAACGACAAAGGCAUCGGAAUAGUUGUAAUAGCUAUUGUUAAUUAAAUAAUCGGUGUUAACUGAAAUGUGGAACGAUAAGGAGCUGGACUGACGUGCCAAUUACGUUUUCACGAGCAAAAAAAACGAAUAAAUGACCACUUGUUAUUGAAAAAAAUGGAUUCCGAAGAGGAGAAAAGAUUUCUCGAGAUUUUUCAAUGUGAUUCUGGUGGCAGUCUGAAUGGUUUUUUCGUUUGUAUAAUUAAAAUUGGAUGACUGAAACGAGUACUUCGGCUGCGAUUGUUAUUUUAUAUUUAAAAACCGUGCAAUUCAAUUAUCAGGUGAUGACAGUGACAUUCUUGUAAAUAAAGUCUAUUCCCAUCGA